GGAAGCUUCGAGGUUCGGGCCCAGCUGAUGACAAGUGGGAGAAGGGAGGUACCUCCCUCCCACACCUGCCACGGCCGCCACCCUCGGACUGGCCACAUGGAUCGAACUUCCAACUGGCUGCAUUGAGCAAAGCCCUCAACUUGCAAAGCUGACUGGCUGCCCAAAAAAUUCCCAUAAUAUUAUCCCUGCCCGCAUUUGCUGCCACCACCCGAUCUUCAACAAAAAAAAAAGAAAGAAGGAACACUCACAUACCACACAUACCACAUCAGCGAACAACCACCCCACCGACGGACACGAUUCCAGCAAUUUUGCCCAGAGACAUUUUGGCUUUUUGGAUUCUUGCUCACUUUCCUCCUCCCAUCACUCUGCUGCCCCUUUUCUCUGUCUUGCUCGCCGCCGCAUUCGGCCCCUUGAAGACUCGUCAGCUUUGCCCACCCUCGCCCUGGCUUGUAUCCCCUCGCGAUUUGGACGCGAGGAGAGGCCUCUCGCUGUUAUCUACUCAAGAAGACACGAGGGAUAUUCCCUCAGUCAGGUUUUGGCAAUGGCCUCGUCAAAGGAAAUGCAACAAACCUCCAGGCCAUUGACGCAUCGUCCCCCGAUAUCCUCACAUUCGAACGUCGCCGGGCUCCCAGGUCGGCAAUCGCACUCGAGAAACAACUCCCACUCGAUACUGGGCAGCUCGCUCAAUGCAACCCACCGUAUAACACGCCGGAAGAGCAUGACGAACACGGCCGCCAACGUCGCAGCCGUCGCGGCCGUCAUGGGGGAGGUGGUGGCGGAGGGCAUGGACAAGGCUAUGGCGCUUCCAAUCACUAUAAACAGCGGCCGUCGGAACACUAUGUCGAAAUCGGGCAUCUCGCGCGCCAUGCUCGCCGCCAGCCUCCCGUCACAGCCGCCUGUCGCAGAAGCCGGAACUGUCAAGGCCGAAGGGAAGCCAGAAGGACAAGAUAGUGCAAUCGACGAUGGGGCCUCGACAGACGGAGAGACAACCCUGCAGGAUGGCAGGUUACGCCGAGCCAGUGAUGGCCAGCCCCUUGCCAAAGAGGGCAACAGCAGGAAGAUGAACCGCGUCGAGCUUCGCUGCGAAAAGUGUGGCAAGGGAUACAAGCAUAGCAGCUGCUUGACCAAGCAUUUAUGGGAGCAUACCCCAGAAUGGUCCCUUACCUCCAAGCUGCUCAUCUCGAAGCACCAACAAGUCCAACUCCUCGAGGCCGCGUCCGUGCUGGUCACCAUGAACAACGGCCUCAAUGCCUCGGCAUCGCCUCCGGACUCUACCCGGGACUUCUUCGCCAGUGACCAAGAUUCGGCCUCGCCCACCGCUUCCGGGUACUCGGAUACCCAUAACGACCGGAGCUCGGCCGACACGACCCCUCCGCCGCACAUGGACGCUAUGAGCACGACUGAUGGGUCCUACCGUAGCACGUCGAAGCGGGAUAGCAGCGGAAGCGUCUUUUCUCGCUCGUACCAAUCGGCCCCUUCUGCUAGCUCCCUCGCGAGCAGUGCCCCCAAUGGCUUUGCUUUCAACUAUGGCCAUUUCCGCCAACUUAGCCACGAACACCGACCGACGUCGUCGGGGAAGAACGCAACAGGGCAGGAUGAUCAAGAGUUGGCCGCGGCUGUCGAGCUUCUGAGUUGCAGCUUCGGGAGCAACAAUGGCACCCGCUCCAUGCAGGUGCCUUAUGACGCUCCGCCUGUCCCACCGGUUCCUUCCCAGUAUCUGGACCAGGUUACCGGGAGCAGCUUCAUGACUGCCGGGACAAGCUUCAUCAGCAGCUUCCCCAGGGGCGCCCCCAUGAGCUUCGAGCGUGGAGGCGGCAAGUGCGCGAUGCCACGCCGCGACGGCGCCAUCAAGACUGAAGAGAGUGGCGAUAGCGUCAUGGGAGACGAUGACGACGAUUAUAUGCGAUCGCGCGCUCGGAGCGACGAGGACGAGGAAGGCGUGUUCGGUCGCAUGGAAGAGUAGGGAGGUGGCGCCAUAUCGGCCUCGGUCCCGGUAAAUCUCGGCUCUGAAGGAGGAGCAAGAGACUGCGUGGGCGAGGCGUGGCCCGGCCUGGCCCUGCUUUCCUUUGUAAGUCUAUAGUGAAUACUGUUUCGGAGGUGGUUCGCUCCGCCCCUGGCACUCAGCACCGAAGAGUAGAGCGCGGCGUCGUCCUUGGCUAAAGGAUGGGGCACGCAGCCCUACGAGGUUAAAGUGAGGGUCGGAUGAGAGCGUCGAGUGAACGCCCGAGACAGCCGUUUUUUUUCAAUACAAUCAAAUAUUGAGAGCA